CUCUUUUUGGAGUGUCUAUGUCCGUUUGUAUCAGGGAGAAUAGAAGACGCUGUAGAUUAUCCCUGUUUGUAUGAAAGAAAUUGACCGAUUUUCUUGACAUUCGCAUUGGUAAUCAGUCGUUAGCAUGGUCUCUGUCUCUUUCACAACUUGGCGAAGCGCAUGGGAAACCGGGAACCAGCUUAAUCUCUCACAAGCACCUGUUUCCGGUAGCCUCGCUUUGAAGUUUCGUCUGCUUUGGAAGCACGAAAGUUUCUGCUUCAACAUUUUCGAACUGUGGAAGGAGGCAACACGGGGGCUUUGAUCUUGUGUAUUUUUUAUUCGAGAAUACACACCGUAUGAAAAUGUCAUGACCGAACGUUAUUACACACUUCUGGACAUUGCGAGUAACGGAAUUUAUCGACGAUGGCAUCAGAUGAAACAAGCAAAAGACACCUUCUUGGAAGACAACCGGCACGAUCUAUAUUGGUUGACAUAAGUCCCCCAUUUGACCAGCAUGUCUGUGACGUACUCUGCGACAGUCUUGAGAACAUGUUUGCUGUUGCCUGUAGUCUGGCCGGACCUUCCCGUAUCCCAAUGGUCAGCAUCUUUUUGCUGACAGCCCAACCUGAGCUGUUGCUGCCCUUGUCCAGUUUGAAGGGUAACCUCACACGCAUUCAGAAUGCUCUAAGGGCAAUCAGAACAUCUGUAUCAGAAGUGGGUAAUUGUCUGCCAAGGCACAUUUCUUGUAUACCCCAGGCUGUACAACAGGCUACUGAGCAGUUCAGGAGACAAGUGUGUACAUUCACUCAGCCAGGCCUGUCAAUGAAUCAGUUGGAGGUGAUUAUUCUUGGCUGUCGUAGUGGAGAGUUUGUAUCCAGGCAGAUUGAAGCUGUGGCUGACACUGUACAUAUUCAACACCUCAAGCGUAUUCUAUGUGUGACGUUGACCCCCCAACUGUAUGGCAGUGAGGAUGGGUUGCUGGAUGUGUCCAGUCAAGGAAGUAGUAUAUCCUCCACCAGCAUGAUCACAGGAUUGAUGGAUACUCUAACCCUUGAUGCAGAUUGUGUGAGUCUGCAGAAUUUCUUCCAUGGUUGGCUGAUGGAUUGCGGCAGUGACAGCGAACACCUCCACAUCGUGCUGCCAUCCAAGAACACAGAUGGCUCGAGACUUGUGGUGAAGUGUGAUCUGCAUGAAGGAAUCCUCAACCCUGCACAGUUACCAUAUAACACAGCAUUUACCCUGCACCCUGAGAGUGCCAACUGUAAAUUGGUGUUUGCCAGCACCAGCAAAGCAGCUGGUAUCACUAUUCCAGUACACAGCAUCUACAUCUCAGCGCUGAUUCACACAACAGCAGUGUGUGAAUCCAUUGUGUUUGGCAUGCCUCUGAUAGUUCAACCGACAUCCUGCUGGAAGGUAGACUGGGAUGAAUUGGAGAAAAAUCAACAGAACUUCAAAGCUCUAUGUCAUCUACUUUACAAGAAGGACAUGGUGAUGUUGGGUCAACUAGAGCAGCCAGUGCAGCCUGCAAAGGGCUCUACUAAUCCACGUCCCCCAUGUGGGUGGUUCAUUCUCCUGCCUGGCCCCAACCUCUCCCUGCUCUUGAAGUCUGUGGCAGUGAGUGAACUGUUGCUGCCAGCUGGGCCGGGUCAGGGGGGUGUAGAUCUCGCAGAGGACAGUGUGGACUUGCUGGCUGGAGUUCUGGAUCAGAUCGAUGUCCUGGACACCUUCAACCCUCUUGGCCUUACCUCAGGACUUUUUGACUCUCUCAAGUGCCCUACGAAGGGCAGCAGGAGCAUGUCUCAUGCUAGGAAAAGAGAAACAGAAAAGGAAACCUUCCCAUCCCACUGCCCAUCUGUCAACAAGGUGCGUGGAGUGACCACAGUAACCUCCUUCUCUCCCGAAUCACCUGCCACCCACACAGUGCACAGCAUGCAGCAUCAGCAUCGACAACAACAGAAACAGAGGCAACAUUGUGUGAAGAAACCCUUCCUUACUGAGCUGGAAUGAUAUUUCCCGGAUUGUUAUUACCCAUGGUUAAUGUUGGGAAACUCUCAUCUUUAUGAACCCUGGUGUGAG